AGCGCUCACAGUCCAUGGCAUGACAUGGUACUCGCCGAGCACACAGCAACCUAUGAAUUUGUUACGUUCCUCAAAAUUCCUGCGUUGGUCUCUAUUUGCGUCGAGCUGUGGUGCCAAAUACCGCGGCUGGCUCGGGAAUUCCUCCUCUUCCCCCUAUACUAUAAGGUCGCGGCGUCUCUCACUGACUAAGGUUUCGAGAUCGCCGCUCUGUCCCUCGAGUGUUCGUGCAGUUUAUAUUUUGUUCAAGGAGACGAGCCGUGUUUUCAUGUUAGUGAAGGAGCGGAGGUUGUGACAGGCAGUAGUGGGAGGGAGAAAGUUGCCGAGCGUCGCCGGAACGUUAGGGCUGCAGCGGGCCGGCGGUGCAUUGGCGGUAGAGUGUGGGUGUUGUAGGAGUGUCAUGAAAGUUGAGUGCGACCCUGCAGAGUGUUGUGUCUGGCGCGGCGGUGAGGAGGUGAGGGUUCUUGACGCCGGCCACUACCACCGUCAGCAGGCUCCGGGGGCCGCAGAAGUGUGGCAGAGCUACUCGCUGCUGGGGCCUGCUGGCCAACCUGCUAUUUUUACCUUCCUGGCCUGAUAAUUUUGGCGAGGUUGGCAAGCAGCGGGGCCGCACACGCCACCAGUCCUGGGCUGUGGUGAGCGCCGAAUGGACGGGCUGGUUGUGGCGGCGUGGGCGUGCUGGUGUUGGCUAAUUAUUGUGCUUCCCUGUGAGGCGUGACCUGCGGCGGCCUACCACGGGAGGAGGUGCCCUGAGGCGGCCUGGCCAGGCGAGGGGCGAGGUGGUUGCACCAAGGCCACCAGUGAGGCUGCCACCAGACCUGUACUACUGUGCAUCCCGGACUACUGAACCCUGUGGUUGCCGCCCAUGUGUGCACCCUGGUUAUAAUGCCGCGGCGCCCACACCUCCACCCGGCACCAAGUGGGCUGUACGGGCGUGCGGGCGUGUGCAUGCUGGCGGGCCAUGGUGCGGCCUCGGCACGCCCGUGAGGAAGGGCCGCGCCCGCCCACACCCACACCCACAACCUACUGACUGACCUUACUGUUCCUGCGCCCACUACCACCUUCACACCGGCAAGAUGGUGGUAUCGGAGGGUGCCAUCAACAACAUCAUGGGGGGGAUGGAGAAUACUGCGGGGGUGCGUCUCCACUCCCACAGACACAAACUCAAGCAGAGAUUUGACAUCAUCAGAAAACUGGGACAGGGAACGUAUGGCAAGGUGCAGCUGGCCAUCAACAAGGAGACAGGACAGGAGGUGGCCAUCAAGACCAUCAAGAAGGCCAAGAUUGAGACAGAGCAGGACCUCAUACGCAUCCGGAGAGAAAUCCAGAUCAUGUCAUCUGUUCAGCACCCACAAAUCAUCCACAUCUAUGAAGUAUUUGAGAACCGUGAGAAGAUGGUGCUUGUGAUGGAGUAUGCUGCUGGUGGUGAACUGUAUGACUACUUGAGUGAGCGCAAAGUAUUGUCUGAGGAUGAGGCAAGAAGGGUGUUCCGCCACGUGGCCUCAGCUACUUACUACUGUCACAAGCACAAGAUUUGUCAUCGGGAUCUCAAACUUGAGAAUAUCUUACUGGACCUUGAAGGAAAUGCUAAGAUUGCUGACUUUGGACUGUCCAAUGUGUUUGAUGAAAAGCAUCGUCUGGACACCUUCUGUGGUUCUCCACUCUAUGCCUCUCCUGAGAUUGUCAAGGGCAUCCCAUACGUUGGCCCAGAGGUGGACUGCUGGUCGCUGGGUGUGCUGCUCUACACACUGGUCUAUGGAGCCAUGCCCUUUGACGGCUCAAACUUUAAACGAUUGGUGAAGCAGAUCACUCAAGGGGACUACUAUGAGCCUAAGAAACCCUCACGUGCAUCUGAACUCAUCAGACACAUGCUGACAGUCUCAGCCAGCAAGCGAGCCACAGUUGAGGAGAUCUGCAACCACUGGUGGGUGAACGAGGGCUUUGAGGAGCCUUGCCUGGUAGUGGCUGAGGCACUGGCCAACCAGACCCCUGUGCGCCUUGACCUGCUGCUGUCCCUUGCUCCAAAGCACAUCAACUCAGAACAUAUGCUGAUCCAGCCCGAGGAGGAUGACAACAGCGCCAGAUCCCCACCAAACUCAGAGGCAGGACGCCCACCGCCCAACCUCAAGCUCCCUCCUCCACCCCCGGCUGACACUGCUGCUCCAGUCACUCCUGCCCGCUCAGCCUCCCUUGGCGCCCUCGACUCCAUCAGCACCAAUGAGAUAGAGGCCCUAGUGGCACAGAAGAUCCAGAAGCGCAAGGAGGAGGAGGAAGAGGAGGAAGAGGAACGGAAGAGGAAGGCUGCCGAUGAGAGUGGUACAGUGGAGCGUCGGAAGAAGAAACGUGACGCUUCAGAUGCUUCAAUCAAGGUUGGACGGAAGGAGCAGAAGCGUAGUGAGGAAGCGAGCAUUGGCACAAGACGGCCUCCCACUGGUACAGAAGGGGAUUUGGCAGAACGCAGGAAGACUUCAAGGCGGAAGGAGGCAGGAGAGGUCGAGGAACAGGAGAAGGCUGAGCAGAAGAAGAAUGCAGAGAAGAAGAAGCGCGAGUCCCUCCUGGAGGAUGGGGAAGCAAAUGACGUAAGUGAACGGUCGGAGAAGCGGAAGAGCACGAAGAAGGUGGAGAAGACAGAUGGAGAGAAGGUAGAGAAAAAGAAGAGUGUUAAAAAGAGGGAGUCUGGGAUUGAGAGGGAUGCCAGUGAGGGGGGAGACAGGACAGAGCAGAAGAAGAGUGCCAAAAAGAGAGACACGGUGGUCACCCCGGACAGUAGUGUGGAGAGAAAGAAGACCACCAGGAAAAAGGACACUUCUGGGGAUGACCUAAGUGGGAGGGAUGACACUGAGUCAGCUUACAUGUCCUCGUCUGUGAUAAAUGGUGAGGUGGGAGAUUUAGGGGAGGAGGAGGAGGAGCAGGAGGAGAGGGGGGAAAGAGGGGAGAGUGGCAUUGGGCUAGGAGACUCCGGCAAGGAAGCAGCACGACUGGACAAGUCGCCCAGUCCUCAGGAGUCCAAGGGGUCAGCUGAGAGUAAGGUCAGGUUAGGGGAUGUGCAAGAGUCCCCCAUGGAGGUGGAGGAGGUGGUCAAGAAGUCCCCAAGUCGGUCCCGAUCAGGGGAGUCUGGCCGGGUUAUUAAAGGGACUGCCAAGGUCUCCAGUCCCCGAGAGUCAGUGAGUCCUGUAAAGCAUCCCAAGGGGGCAGCCCCACCUCCCACCUCCACCACCACCACAACCACCAUCACCACCACCAGCACCACUGCAGCUACAACCACAACCACCACUGCUGCUGCUGCUGCUGCAUCUCCCAAAGAAUCUCCACAAAAGAAGCCAUCGCCACCACCCAGUCAGCCUCCUAAGGUGAGGAAAACAGAUUCAAAGUCCUUAGUCCAAACAGCCCCCAGGGGUCAGGGUGAGGCCAGGCCAGCGGAGAGCAUGGCAGCUGGGAGCAGAGGGGCCAAUAGGGUAGUUAAGGCGCCACAGCCAGCCAGUGAGACAGAGAAGGUUCUACAGGAAGCGACUGAUAAGAUUAAGUGUAAGGAGAAGGAGGAGGUGAAGGAGCCACAAACUCCCGAUUCAGCCCAGCCAACAGGACGGCCUGAGAUGAGUAAAGGCAGCGGCCAGCCAUCGUCUGCCCCCACGACCCCAGCUAGGAGUCGUGAUGGGUCAGAGUCAUCAGGCGAGGCGAAACCCCGGCCAGCCAGACCAGACGGGGCCAGGCGGCAGUCAAAGGUUUUCAAAGCGGCGGCCAUGUGGGAGAAUGACCGGCCAAGCAGCACCUCAACUCCACCAGACAAGCUCAAGAAGCCUGUCCGGACGGGAGCGAGUGUCAUGUCCGAUCUGACCAAGAAGUUUGAGGUGAAGCCGAGUGUUGAGCACAGGAGUAAGGUGGUGCCGUCCCUCAAGGUGUCUGAUGCCAGGAAAGCUUUUGAGGCUAAGCCAGCUGAGAAGCCAACAAUUACAUUACGCAAGAAGUCCACAGCAGAGACUCUUCCUUCAUCUCCCACCACAGUCAAGGACAACCAAGCAGCAGCCCCCACCAAGGAGCCAGCUGCAGGAAAGUCACCAGCCAGGGAAAAACCCUCACCAGUCAAGGACUUGCCCAAGGAAGCUGAGAAGCAGAGAGAAAAGUCACCUAAGGUUGUGAAAGAAACACCUGCACCAACAGCAAACAAGACCAAAGUAGAGGCUCAGCCAGAGAAAGAGAAAGUGGAGGAGCCAGCCAAGAAGGAGAAGCCAGAGGCGACCAAGAAGACUCCUCCAGCAGCAGCACCAACAACAGAGAAAUCAAGCAAGGCUGAGGAGCAGAAAGUGACUUCCCGGCCUCCUGAGCCAACACGCAAACUAACAACAACCAAGGAGAAGGAGGAGGCACCAGCAGUCAAACCCGAGAAACCCAAACCAGAGCCCAAGCAGAUCCUUCGUCACCGAGAGUCCUCAGAGUCCUCAGAAUCAGAGUCUGAGGCUGAGCGUCUCCUCAAAGUCCUUUCAGAGAAGCGGGAGAAAGUGGAAGCAGCCAAGCAGGAGAAACUCCGCAAAGUGUCUGCAGCUGCCACUAAGGACCCCAAGGCAGACAUGGCAACCAUCAGUGAAGAGCCACAGGCUAAACCACCUUCUAAAGUCUCCCCAGCUAAGUCUCCCACCAAGGCUACUCCCAAUAAGUCACCAGAAAAGUGUCUUCCCCCAUCAGAUGCAAGAGAAACUGCCCAAGACCAGAAAUUUGCCACAUUACCACGUGGUUUCAAAACAAAGGGAGCUGUACAGCCUAGCAGCCCUGCAGCACUACCACCACCUGCUGACCGACCCAAGAAAGAUCGUGUCAACCAGGAGAUCGAGGGCAUGAUGUCAGCCAUCAAAGCAGUGGACCAGGCCAUCACUAAGGAGGAGGAAGAAAUCAAGAUGCUACGAGACUCCUUGGCACAGCGUCUGCCUGAGGAAGGGCCGAGCAAGGGACUGGAGGAGCAGGUUAAGGCACCAAUAGAGGACCAAACAAAAACAGUAGUGAAGGAGGAGGAGGAGGAGAAGAUAAAAGAGGAUAGGAAGGAGGAGAUCAAAGUGAUGAAAAAGGAGGAGGAGAAAAGGACAGUAGAAAAGCAAGUUAAAGACAUAGUAGAGAAGAAAGUAGAAAAGCCAGUGAAAGAGGAUAAGAAGCAAAUACACACAGAGAGGGAAGAGGAGAAGGAGGAAGAGGAGGAGGAGGAAGAGGAGGAGGAGGAAGAAGAGGAGGAGGAGGAGGAGGAGGAGGAGGAGGAGGAGGAGGAAUAUGAGGAUGAAGAAUAUGAGGAUGAUGAAGAGGAGGAAGUAGAAGAGAGAGUACCAAAGUGGACUGGUAAUCAAGCACAGAGGAGCAAAGAGAUCAUUCCAGUGCCACCUGAGCAGGUCCUCUCUUGCUCCACCCAAGACAGGCCGGCCACCACCACCACCAUCAUAAUCAAACAGAGGCCAAGUGAGGGACUGCAGAAGACCCCAGAGACCCCGGACACAGACCGAAAGCAGACCAAACUAGAAAUUGUGCUCAACAAUAAGCCAGCCCAGCAGCAACCUGAGGCCAAGCGCGCCUCCUAUGCAGAGAUCAAACUCUCCUCACCAUCCACCAAGGAGCCACCCAAGACCAAGGGAUUCAGAACAGAGGUGCAUGCCAAGGUGGAAGCAGUGCCAAUGGAACCAGUCACAGGGCCAAAGCCAGGACCAGGGCCAGGACCAGGACCAGGUCCAGGACCAGGGCCAGGAGAGGCACAGCUGCAGCGGGCUAAGAGGGAACGCAUCAUCCCCAUCAUGCUGGAAGAUGAUGACGAAGAUGACGACACAACUGCCAGUGAAUCACACAUCCCUCUUGACAGCAACAGGCGUCCUGGCUCCUCCAUGCCCUGCAGCAGUGCACGCAUCACCCCUCUGACCUCACAGCUCCCCAACAGUCGUCCCCCUGAUCCUCGAACACCUCCUGUUUGCACUCCUGCACCAGAACCAAUAAGGAAGUCACGACGGGAGCGAAUCAUUCCCAUUGCCGUGGAGGGUGAGGGUUUGGUCACCCCACCACCCCAUGUGGAGGAAGGGGCGGGACUUGGUGCAGCUCGGGCACACCAGGCCUUCUCCCGCACCCUGUCUGGCCGCCCCAACACCCUCAGUGGGAUGGAGGGGGAAGCAGCCCCAUCACCCUCCUGUCCUCAGAGGUCACCAGCUGACUCUGCCACAGCCUCUACUUGGCACACCCACUUCUCCCGCUCUAACAGUCGGGGGCGCGGCUUCCUGCUUGACCACAGCGAGAGCUUCAGUUCAGCUGGGGAGGAGGAGGAGGAGGAUGAGGACGACGGUUUCCAGAUUCUGACAGCAGAGUCGCUUUUCUCGACUCUGCUCAACCGAGUCCGUUCCCUCACCCGCAAGAUGAAUGCAGAGGAUGGACGAGGUGACAGAGUCCGUAUGACGUCCAACCGACCAACUCCUGACCCCAGCGGGGGACCAGGGAUGCCAGGGGCCGCCCACUCAGGCUCUGCUGGCUUCUGGUCGUCCCUCUAUAACUCCCCACGGGACUCUCCAGCCAGAAGGAUUUCGGAAACCAUGUCACGUAGCAGCCUUGGUAGGGAUGAGGAUGGGCUGCCAGGUCUUGGCUCUCCUCUCUGGACCCGCAGUGUGUCUCGGGAUCCCUCGGAUGCUGACACUCUCUUCUCUGAGGCCUCAUCCAGCGCCCAGUUUGGCACGCUGCCCAGAGGGUGGCGGGCGUCGCGCUGGUCAGGGGCAGAGGAUGGCGGUGAGAGCGACACCUCAGAAGCUUCAGUUCGGUCCAUGGGGCGUCGUCCCCAGUACUCCCGUGCUCCCUCUAGGGAGCUGCACAACAUUCCCGACGAGGACAUGGCAGCACCAAAUAGUCGAGGAGGCUACCUGGGUGGAGGAAUGUCACUGCCAAGGCCCUACUCGGCUUCCAGUAGUGGCAAUCUGCACCAAGGCAGAGGAAUGCAUGAUUCAGCAGACAGAAUAGCAGCAAUGUAUGGAACCUUGCGAGGCCCAAUGAGACGCCCCCACUCCACGGUGGGAGGCUCGCCGGGGGAAUACUUAGGGAGGGAUGGUGGGCACUGUGAGCAGCGACAGUACAACAAUGCUGCCACACAAAAUGGCGCACAUGCGUCACAGUAUUCCUCAGGCAACUCACACAGACACAACAGUGAGGACACCGAGACUUUGAAGCAGAGCGUGCAGGAGCAGCUGCAGCAGCUGGUGAGGGAGCUGGAGGAAGGUGACGAUUCAACCCCACCGAGUGAAUGGCAGGGGAGGGAUCGCAGGCCCCUCUACUCCUCCAAUCCUGCUCUCCAUCUCACUUGCCCUGCUAGCCUGGCUGGGGACCACAGGUCAGUAAGCAAUGCUGACCUCACUACAAUGGCAAAUGGUCCUUGCAUGUCAGCCUCCUCACUGGCACCCAAGGACAACACCAGCUGCAGGGCUCUACCACAGGCUGGCAGGGGUGGCACUGCCAGCCUGCUCAGCAGAGACAGGACAGGCAGCCUUCGCCGAGUGUCUUCCCCGCGUGGGGAACUGACACGACCAGGCAACAGAGACGGCUUGGGUCUGGACUCCUCACGCCGCAACCAGGGACGAGGCAGCCUGGACCUGCACUCUUACCAGCGGGGCAGGUCUGAGGACCUUCGUCAUGCCUUGGACUCCCUGUCAAGGAUGGAUUCACACAAGCCUCGCCGAGUUUCCUCAAUGGCUGAGAGCCCAUCCCACACCUCACGGGAUAAAUCAGACAGCCAGGCUCCAACAGAGAACUUUGUUCCUUACUCCUAUAAUGAUGUGAACUCCAAACCAUCCAGCAAGAUCUUGCCACAGCAGCCACCAGCCACAGCCAUCACUAACAACAACAGUGACAAGAACAACAACAGCAACAGCCUUGGUACCAGCAAGUCAAGCAGUGGCAUCCCCAUCAAGGCCAGCGCCAGCAGUGUCCUCAAGGGUGGAUGCACAAGCCAGGUGGGAAACACCACCACCACCACUACCACUCCCAAUAACAAUAACAAUAAAACUCCUAGCAACAAGAACAGCAACAGCAGCAGCAGUAGCAACAUUCCCCACAGUGGCAGCGACCUCCUCCAGCCCACAAAGGUGUAUCGCAAGAGCAAAUCCCGGGAACUGACACCAACCAUUGAGGCAGCUAGUGAGAAGAUCACUCAACUCAACUCAGGAACGCUGAAACGAAUCUCACCCUUUGAGGCUUAUCGCCGCAGCAAGUCACGUGACCUGCCCCUUGAUCAAAUCAAUGCCAACAACAAAGAGUCAUCACCUGCCUUGAGGCUCAAGUCUCCACCACCUGUCAGCCCAGAGCAACCCACAUCACCUCUUGAUAAAGCCAAGACCUCAGAAAAGAAAACUGACAUCACCAAGCCACCAACAGGGGAACGUGAAGCAGGUGGGCCAGGUGGGCAUGCCAGGGCUUUUAGCCCUCAGCCAUCAGCCAGUUUCAGCUGUUCCCCAAGUGCAGCCAAAGGUGACACCCCUAAUGUCACAAAUAAAGCAAGCAGUCGAGUGAACAAGACCAGUGACCUUGGGCAGGACAAGACUCAUGGUCAAGAGCAAGAGGCUGAAAAGAAUGAAGACAAAACCAAAGUAAAAAAGACACCUUCUGGUGACUCUGACAAACCUAAAUCAAUGUAUAAAAUGCUAACCUCCCGUUUUAACAGGUCCGCUUCCUUUAUAUCUGACAGUAACCGUUCUUCAGCAGCGACAGCAGAUGAUGAAGAGGGAGGAGAGAAGGAGGACAAGUUACGGCUGAAGCGUCCCUCAAGAUUCCUCAACCUACGUACAGAGAAAAGUGCCUCCAAAACCAGUAUGUGUGAUACUGAAGACGACACUGAUAAGCCAGAGAAAAAACCUUCCAAAAAGCUCACUGAUGCGCUAAACAAAUUUCUGGGUAGGAAAGACCCUGCAAAGGAGGAACUACGCCCUGCAGGGCAUGUAAGCAACAAGGCCACAAGCCAUGACAAGACCCCACUAACCAAUGACCAGUCUAGAAAACUAUCAAAAGCCAAAGGCAAGAAAAAUUAUGAGGAUUUCUCCAAUCCCCAUGAGGAGACAGGCAAUGGUGAAGAGAGUGCCAAGGAGUUAGUGUCCCAGGCCAACCCUGUCCUUGCUUCUGACAUCCCCACCACCACCGCCACCACCACUACUACUGCCACACAGCCAAAUUACACCCUCGAGUCUGCCACCAAGAGUAUUUGCAAUCACUUAUCACAGUUGGAGAGUGACAUGACCUCACGCAUUGGCAAUAUGGGGGCACAGGAGCAGCGGGGCAGUAGUGGCAGUGGAGUUCGGCCCAGUGGAAGUAGCACUGGGCGGGUAGCAGCAGCAACAGCAACGGCAGGAACAAACAUUAGCACAUACGGACUGUCCCCAGCACUGGCCAACCGCCGCAAUGGCCGUCCCACCAACUUGGACACUGCAGCUAGUAACAUGGAGGCCAACCAACAUGCUGGUCGGGCUCCAUCUGCUCCACCACCAGGCCGGGCUACUGUCUCCACAAGGCCCACUGUGGCAUCCCACUCCUCCACUACUGAAGGUGACAAAGUUAAGGUGCAUAAGUCACAGGAGGCCAGGAGUCCAUCCCCACCUCUCGCUGAGUGCCCUGAGGAGCAGCAAGGAGGUCAGAGUGAGGGCGAGGACGAGAGUGUGAUGGACCGAAUCACACGCAAGAGUUAUUACUCCAAGUUCCAGGACAAAAAGCGGCCCAAGCUGUGGAGAGCCAACACAAAGGAGGACAUGGACCAGCAGCUGGCAGCCGCCAAGGCACGUCUGCUUAAAGAGGAACGAGAGGAGACAGCAGCCCUUGCCGCUCGCCGACUAUCUUCGCCACGUUCUCCGCCACCUUGGGACCCCAAUCGCCCUGGCACCCGCACCUCCUUGCCACCUGAGGAGGCUGCCAGCUAUAUGCAGCUCGGAGGCCGACGGAGCAGUUCCCUCCAACCAGAUCACCUACCCGGACCUCUACCACCCCUCGUGCCAGGAGAACCCACCCCUCAUCCCCGCUUACCUUCCCUGCCCCCCAAUGACCCCUACCUCUAUCCCCGUGCACCCUCCAUGCCCCGGGAUGACUACUUACCCUGUGGUGCCAGGAUGCAGCCUGGCCAGUAUGGGCGCCGUGCCACUUCACUAGCCCCCGAUGACCUUUCAGGGCAGCCUGUGGGGGAACCCUACGCACAGGAUACAAUGACAACACCAAUGGGGCCAGUGCCAUAUAUGGGCCAAGCUGGUACAGAUGGCUCCCUACAGCGAGGCGAGCCAGGGCCCUGUGAGCCACCACUAGGACGCAUGCGAAGUCCCGAACCAGCCAGCGUGGAGGAGAGCCGCUCACAAGCCAGAGAAGAGUUGUCACGGCGUCUUACGCACCUGACGCGGCUUUCUGGAGGCAGCGGGAUGGGCAGCUGGAUCCAUAACCCCCACAAGGAGGGGGAGCAGCGUCCAUACCGCCGCACCAGCACCACAGGCCGCCUGACAGGAGAGGCGACAGGUCCUCCUGUCUACCGUCGCACCAACACCAUGGACCUGCCUCCUGCUGACGCUCGCGCACGUCCUGGCAGUGACUACCGGCGUCACUUGCAGCAGGACCCUGCACGACGCUACUCUGCUGCCAGCCCCACAAUGACUCCUGGAACUGGACCCAACACCCAAUAA